GGCGCACGUGAUUGAGGAUUGAGGAUUGUGGAAGUUGGAAUGUUUACAGGAACGUAUUUGCUGCCAUAUAUUACAAUUAGAAUUAUGUUGGGCAUCAUAUUGUUCACUAUGCUGUUGAUUAGUACGUAUCGAAGAAGACAUGCAUCAAUAUAUGAAAAUAUCGAAGAUUUUUUGCAAGGUAAUACUCUUAUGCCAAUAAGGUAUUCAUACAAAGAGAUAAAGCAGAUGGCUAAAAAUUUUACGGUAAAAUUGGGUGAAGGAGGUUAUGGAGAUGUGUAUAGAGGAAAUCUAAUUAGUGGACCAUUUGUAGCCAUAAAGAUGUUGAAGAUAAAAUCAAAUGCUAAUGGGCAAGAAUUCAUAAGUGAAGUUGCAACCAUAGGAAGAAUAUACCACUCAAAUGUGGUAAGACUUGUCGGGUUUUGUGUCGAAGGAUCAAAACGUGCUCUUGUUUAUGAAUACAUGCCUAAUGGCUCUCUUGAUAAAUAUAUUUUCAACAAAGAGGGUGUUGUAUUUUUAACUUACAACCAAAUAUAUGAGAUAUCUCUUGGAGUGGCUCGUGGAAUUUCUUAUCUUCAUCAGGGUUGUGAUAUGCAAAUUUUACAUUUUGAUAUUAAGCCUCAUAACAUCCUUCUUGACAAAAAUUUCAUCCCCAAAGUUUCGGACUUUGGUCUUGCAAAGCUUUAUCCUAUUGACAAUAGCAUCGUCACUUUGACGGUAGCUAGAGGAACAAUUGGGUACAUGGCUCCUGAAUUGUUCUACCAAAAUAUCGGAGGAAUAUCAUACAAGGCUGAUGUGUAUAGCUUUGGAAUGCUUUUGAUUGAAAUGACAAGUAGGAGAAGAAAUUUGAAUCCACGUGCUGAACAUUCAAGUCAACUUUACUUUCCCUUAUGGAUUUAUGAUCAAUUGUAUAAAAAUAGAGAGAGGGAAAUGGAAGAUGUUAUCAUGGAAGAAAUUAAUGAUGUUUUGAAGAAAAUGUUCCUAGUUGCACUUUGGUGUAUACAGUUGAAACCCGUUGAUCGUCCUUCAAUGAAAAAAGUAGUCGAGAUGCUCGAAGGAGAUAUUGAAAAUAUUGAAAUGCCUCCAAAACCUUUACUAUAUCCAGGUGAAACAAUUCAAGAGAAUCUUGAUAACAACUCAAAGGAAACUAUAUCAGAUGUUGGCUCUACCAGUUAUGUGGAGGAAAUUGCAACUAAUCCUUUAUUGAAGUACUAUUCAGCUUGAUAAUUGCAAGAAUUAUAUGCAUUAUAUUUGCAUUUUUUUUUUUUGUCUUAUGGCCUAAUAUAUAUAUCAGUGUACAUUUGGCUUUAUUUGUAAAAUAUGAAAUAUGAAUUAGUCACUUUAGUUAAUAAAAUGUAAUUAUUGCAUGUGCAAUAUGCAAACAAAACAUAUAUUUCCCAAAGGAAUAUGGAACCUGAUAAUAUUUCCAAUAUGUA